AUGGCAUGGAUUAUGAGACGACGACGACACUCUGUCGUUGCAGUGCCAAAACGCCAUCUUCUGCUGCCACGACUGAUUCCAGAUGCUGGGCCGAGCGAGGUGCACGACAGCGAAGACGGUGAUGCUGAUGCUGGGAGAGAAGGGCGGGGGCGUGCGACCGCCGCCUCGGUCCCUGAGAUUGCUAACCCCACGCCUCGCGGGAAGGAAGGUGCAGAGUGGUGA